GCUGCUGGUGGGCGAGGAAGGCGGGCUGAACCCUCCUCGCCCACCAGUUGCGCGCGGGAAACGCAAACAUGCCGACCAGUUGUUGUGCGCUGAAUUGUACUAACCGGAAGGAUAAAGGCAGUAGAAAGAAGUUUUUUAGAAUCCCUGCGGAACCAGGACGAAGGGCUGCAUGGCUUAGAGCCUUAAAAAGGUCAGAUUUUGAGCAGGGAAAGAAAAACCCGACCGCGGCGUGGACACCACGAGGCCACGAGAGAGUGUGCAGCGACCAUUUCAUCUCAGGGAACCCUUCUAAAGACCCUGCAGAUCCAGAUUACGUCCCAAGCUUGUUUAACCUCCCAACCUCAGCAAGUUGCAAUCGUUCAAGAAACCCAGUUGCCAAGAAAGAUCGGUAUAUGCGUGCAGCAAAAAGGCUGCGGGUGUCAUCAGAGAAUGAAGCCCCACCUACAUCACUAAAUGAUGAAGAAAUGAUCGCUGACCCUCCUCCUGAAAGUGUAGAGACUCUGAGAGACCCCCUUCCUGAAAGUGUAGAGACUCUGAGAGAACAGCUCACAAAAGUACAAGAGGAGAAAUGUAAGUUGGAACAGUUUUGCGAGUCCCUUCAAAGUGAAGCUGACAACCUUAGGGAAGAACGUGAUCACCUUCAAGAACAAAUCAAGAAAUCAUCAACAUCAGCCUCCAAUCUCACAGAUGCAAAAUGCAAGCUCUUCACUGGAAUACCUACUGUUGCACUGUUUAUGUUUGUGUUUAGACUUGUUAGUGAUUUCAUUGCUCCUCUAAAGUCCAUGUGUCAGCAGGAUCAAAUACUCAUGACUCUCAUGAAGUUGAGACUAGGCCUCAAAAAUGCUGAUCUAGCUUUGAGAUUUAGUGUUUCUGCCUCCACAGUUUCAAAAGUCAUAAACCGUUGUAUUCCAAUCUUAGCUGUCCGACUAAAGUUCCUGAUUCAUUGGCCGUCAAUUAGACAUUGUGUAGUUGGUACUCAAUUACAUGUACUAUACUUCAUAAGUUUGAAGUAA